GAGGAAGAGGAUGAGGCGGUAGCGGUGACGGAGGAAGCAGAGGAGGAGGAGGAGGAGGAGGAGGAGGAGGAGGAGGAGGUGAUGACCAGGACCGAUCUCCUGCCCAUUCAAAUGAUGAAGUCCAAGAUCUUGAACCUCCUGCGAGGUAACAACAUCCUUGUGGUAGUGGGAGAGACCGGAUGUGGCAAGAGUACCCAACUGCCCAAGUACCUCCUGCGCAUCCUUGGAACGGGGAGAGGCCGAAUUGCAUGCACGCAGCCCCGCAGAGUCGCAACUGUGUCUCUCGCCAAACGAGUCUCGGACGAGCUACAUCAAAGGGUCGGGCAGCUCGUCGGCUACUCCAUCAGGUUUGAAGAGGUCGUCAGCGAUUGGACCAGGAUCAAGUUCAUGACGGAUGGGAUACUCAUCAGGGAGUAUUCUGCUGUGAUCAUGGACGAGGCGCACGAGCGGAGUAUGCAUACAGACAUCCUCUUUGGUGUCUUGCGCAAGGUUGCGACGAGGAGGAAAGAUCUCAAGAUCAUUGUGACUUCUGCCACCAUGGACGCUCAAAAAUUCUCUUCUUACUUCUGGAACGCUCCGAUCAUCGAGGUGCCGGGGAAAACUUUCCCGGUCGAAAUCGACUACACAGCAUGUCUGGUGGAGGACUAUGUCGAGAGGGCGAUCUCCUCUGUGACCGACAUCCAUCUAGGAGAGUCGGAGGGGGACAUCCUGGUGUUCAUGCCGGGACAGGAGGAGGCAAGUUGUAACGGGGUCAGAGAAAUCGACUACCUCAACAGCACCGGAAUUGACGUUCCUCCCCUUGAGAUCAUCCCCGUCUAUGGCACCUUGCCAGCUGAGCUGCAGCUGAAGAUGUUCAAAUCAGGGAGGAGGAGAGUGAUCAUAGCAACCAACAUCGCAGAAACUUCUCUCACUGUCGACGGCAUCGUGUUUGUGAUUGAUUGUGGAUACUCCAAGAUAAAGUGCUUCGACCCAACCCUGGGUAUCGACGCCCUGCUAGUCGUUCCUGAGAGCAGGGCGAACGCGAAGCAGAGAGCUGGAAGAGCAGGGAGGACGAGACCAGGAAAGUGCUUCAGACUGUUCACCGAAGAGUCGCUGAAGUUGGAGAUGCUGGAGGCUCCAGUGCCGGAGAUCCUGAGGAGCAACCUGGGCAACGUAAUUCUCCUCCUCAAGUCGAUGAACAUCGGCAACCUGCUGCAAUUUGACCUGAUCGACAACCCGCCCAAGGAAAACAUCUUGAAUGCCAUGUAUCAACUUUGGAUCCUCGGGGCCCUGAACACCGAGGGCAGCCUCACGUACCUGGCAGGUCAAGAGAUGAUUCGAUUUCCUGUGGAACCCGCCCUCUCCAAACUCGUUUGCGCCUCCAGAGACCUGGGGUUGUCUCCUGCCCUGUGUUUGCUCCCCUUCCUACCGAUCCGUCUGAGAGGGCCGCAGGAGGACUAUCAGACUGCCCACUCAAAGUUCUUCCUCUUCGACAGCGAUCAUCUCACCCUUCUCCACAUCUUCAACUCGUGGAAACAGGCUGGAAAGAGCAAGUCCUGGUCGUUCUUCCAUUACCUGCAACACAGGAACCUGCACAAGGUACGG